AUGAACACAGCAUUCAAUCAGCCUGUAUCAAAUAGUCAUUCGCAUCCCGGGAUAUUGUCCAAUCUUUCUCCUGAACAAAGAAAGAAGGAUCAAGAGAUCGGCUUAAAGGCAAUCAGGGAGUUUUUGAAGAGCAAGACAUCCUUCGAUGUGCUUCCCGUGUCCUACAGAGUGGUUGUUUUUGAAACGCUUCUUUUGGUUAAACGAGCUCUGAAUAUUUUACUUCAAAAUGGAAUUGUGUCUGCACCUUUAUGGGAUAGCAAGACGUCUCGAUUUGCAGGAUUACUUACAUCAAAUGAUUUUAUUAAUGUCAUACAAUACUAUUCGCAGAACCCAGAUCAAUUUCAAUAUAUAGACAAUUUAACGUUGGAUCGAUUACGAGACGUCGAGAAGGCGGUUGGUUCAUCAUCUCUUGAAACAGUUUCAAUUCAUCCAUUUAAGCCAUUGUAUGACGCUUGUGUGAUGAUGAUUCAGAGUUCCUCCAGACGUAUUCCGUUGAUUGAUGAAGAUGAAGACACGCAUAGAGAAAUUGUUGUUAGUGUCUUGACUCAGUACAGAAUUUUGAAGUUUGUCAGCAUGAACUGCAAAGAGACCAAGAUUUUAUUGCAGCCGCUCUGCGAGUUAAAAAUUGGAACUACUUCAAAUAUUUCGGCUGCAAAACUAGAGACACCAGUUAUGGAAGUUAUCAAUUUAAUGAUAGGCAAGAGUAUCUCUGCUGUUCCAAUUGUCGAUGAACAAAAUAAAUUGAUCAAUGUCUUUGAAGCAGUCGAUGUGCUUUCCUUGAUCAAAGGUGGGCUCUACGCUGAUCUAUCUUUAAGUGUCGGCCAAGCAUUACUGAAAAGAUCUGAUGACUUUGAAGGUGUCUACACAUGUACAAUGAAUGACAGUCUUUACACGAUUUUUGAUACCAUCAGGAAGGCAAGAGUCCACAGAUUAUUUAUUGUGGAUGAUGAAAGCAAGCUGCUCGGUGUGCUGACUCUGAGCGAUAUAUUGAAAUAUAUGCUUUUUUCUUAA